AUGGCAAUACACAAACGCACAACAGCCUCGCAGCUGCUCAUCUCAAUCGUCGGAGUUCUUGCUCUAUUUUCCAACUUGACGACCGUUUCUGCUCAGACUUCAAGAAUCACAUGCAGUGCUUCGUCCCAGUGUCCUGAAUCAAGCCCCUGCUGCUCUUCCGAAGGAGUUUGUGGAUCGGGUGCAAUGCAGUGCGCCGGAGGUUGCAAUCCAAUGGCGAGCUUCAAGCCUUCAUCAUGCCUUCCAAAUCCAGUUUGCCGCUCUCGCAAUAUGACCAUCAAGCCGAGCGACUACAACAACAAGGACACAUUUAUGCCCAUCCUCGAAUACAAUGGCAAUGCAUCUUCUCCGUUUACUCUCGACUCAGGUACGCUGGGCGCUGGGCCCGAGGGUGUUCUUCUACAGCUCAAAGCCGCACAGCAAGCCAAGAUCUCUAGCACCGACUACUUCAUGUAUGGCUACGUCGAAGCGACACUUCGACAUGAUGCCCGCCAAGGUGUGGUGGCCGCAUUUAUCUUGAUGUCAGACGUCAAGGAUGAAGUGGAUUGGGAAUUUGUGGCCGACGGGUCUGUAGGGAUGACCAACUACUUCAGGCUGGGAGUGCCAGUACUCGACCAUGGCGUCAACGUCACUACUCCUAACUUCAACACCAGCGAAUGGCAUACGUAUGGUCUCAACUGGACCAGCAGUCAGCUACAAUGGACCAUCGAUGGCAGAGUGGUCAGGACGCUUAGUCGGGCCGAAGCCGGUGCGGAUUAUCCACAGACGCCGUCGAGAAUUCAGCUGAGUACAUGGGCCGGUGGAAAUGAUACCAACCCGGAAGGGACUAUUGCAUGGGCUGGUGGACCGAUCGAUUGGAACUCGCCCGAGUACAAGCAGAACGGGUUCUAUUCACAAGAGAUCAAGCAGUUCAACGUCCAAUGUGCCAGCAUUGACAGUCUCGAUCUCACGAGCAUUCCUGCCGAGAAUUCUAGCAAUGGCAGCAAUCCUGGCAGUGCCAACGUGACCUCGUUUGGCUAUACAGGUGCCAACUCGACUUCCUCGCUGGGCCCAGCUUUCGGUACGAGCACUGAUCCACUGAGGAUUCUUUCGGAUCCGGGUGCCGAUGGGAUUCCUGGCUAUCCAGGUUACGGCGCAGCAGACACCGGACCCAGCGGUAAAGGAAAGCAAGACAGCAAGGGCUCAAGCAAUGACAAGAACGAUCACGAUGGUAGCAAAGAUGGAGAUGCACACAGCUCAUCGGUCCCGACUUCGGAUGCACUCAAGUACGCACUACCUAUCUCUGGCGCCAUUGUGGGACUGGCAGCACUAUGGGCUAUCAUCGCUUUCGUGCGCAGCCGUCAUCUCAAGGCUCCGAUCAUCAACGCGAUUGGCGUGACCGGUGUCAAUGAUCCUCGCUUCACAGCACCUCUGUACGGUGGAAGAUAUGGGAAAGCCAGCAAUAGUUUGGCAACUUCAGCUUAUCAGGACGUGGAACACGAACCUGCUAGCAUCUAUCGCAACGAGCCCAACAUGAACUUGAUGAUGGGCGGCGGAAUCAUGUCGGAUGUCGGAGUUUCUCAUUUGCAGCGUAAGACGACCGGCGGAUCUAAGGUGUCUCGCAGCUCAAGCCGUGGUGUGGCCGAUCGACUCUUGAGAAAUCAAAGCCGAGCGCAGAGAUACCAGCAACUAGAUGCGACUCUGGAGGAAGAAGACUAUGACCAGGUGACAGGUUAUCCAGUCAGCAAACGAUUCAGGAGCAAUGCUGGUGUAGCAAGCUACUUGACAGGAGCCGACGCGUGCCAAGGUCGCGGGUAUGAGGAGGCGGUGCAAGAGGAGGAAGAGAAAAAUGACUUUGACCGUCCUGCCACGUACAGCGAGGUGCACAGCUAUUAUGACACACCUGGAUCAAGCCCUGUCAAGAGCAACGCCCAUGCAGGCAGAGGCUUCUACGGACCAGCAGCAACAGACACGUCGUUUGAGGCAUGUCGACUAGAAUCACCGCAGCGACGUGCUUUGCCUAUUACUCCGUAUACUCCGAACUAUGCCGCUGUUUCUGUUUCUGCGCCUGCACGUCCGCGUCCAUCAGGGAGGAUGUACGACACGCCCAACGUCAACUACUACCCAACCCCCGUAAUGACGCAAAGCGAGGGAUAUCAGCCGAAUGCACGCUUGUCGUACAGUGCUAAUCCGCGUGUUCAAGCAUCUCAACCUGUCGAAGGAUGUUAUCGUGGAGUCUAUGCUCCCAUCUCACCGCCAAGACGCCAUUCGUGA